AUGAUUAAAGCGGUUGUUGGUGUUCACAUUCUCGGUGGUGGUGCAGAUGAAAUGCUGCAAGGGUUCGCCGUUGCGGUGAAUAUGGGUGCUACGAAGGCCCAGUUCGACGACUGUGUAGCCAUUCAUCCGACAAGUGCCGAAGAGCUGGUCACUAUGCGAGGAGGCGAGCGACCAAAAUAG